UGUGCAGUUGGCGACCUCUGGAACGACGUCGGGUUUCUGGUCCUACCAUAACUGUAAACUAUACUAAUAGCAAACAUGCCAACAAAUGGAGACUUUACCCUGUCAAUACGAGUAGGAGACACCACCCUGCCAGAGUACAACAAAGAUAACAUCUGUUAUGUAGAGAGCAACUUCUUCACACCAUUCAGCUACCAACACGAGUAUUCCGAGAUUAUCCACGGUGAAAAUGAAAUGCAGAAAUGGCCUGUGACACCAUUUGUGAUUGCUAUUUAUGGGAAAGACACCAUUCAACAUUCAUAUUAUCAUGUGUUCGUGGAUGGUCAGCUUGUCAAGAAGAUUAGUGUUGCUCCAGGAAAGACCAGGCUUGUGAGAGGAUUUCGAGAUGGGAAUAAUUGUGUGGAGUUCCUGUUUUCCUUACCAAGGUUCUGUCGGGGAGAGAAUGACAAGCUUGCAUCAGAUCAGGUUUCCAGAGUUGGUCUUAUUGAAGUAAAGUGCUAUGAGGCAGUGAAGAGGGCUUCAUUCGUGACAAGAAGAAAGAGGGAUCUCCUCUUUGACCAAGCUAACAAGAAGGACUGUACUGAUGUGACACAAGGUAAAUACCUGAUGGUGACCACCAAGGCAGGCAAGGUCCUCAAGAAGCGUGCUACCAACAAGAUGACUGACCACUGGGAUGUAAUCAGAAUGCGCAGUGCCCAGAGCGUAAAAUAUGUGACCUCACAGACCUUAAUUGACCUUGGAAUCUCUGUCAUCCCCAUUCCUUUCCCUGCAAAUCAAAACAUUGCCUCUAACAAAAGUACAGAAACAAGUAUCAAACAGGAAGCAGCUACUCAACUGAUAAAGCAGGAAAUCCAGGACCCUGCUGGGACUUUGGUCCCAAGCUCACGUGUGAAAUUCCUGGUUUGA